GAGAGGAGGAAAGUACGAAAAUCGUUUAAAUUUUUCACUCGCGAAACAAAAUGUAAAACAAGUGCAAUUCGCAGCCCAAUUAGUGAGAAAACACGCUGCAAGCACAAUGCAAGCGACGAACAGUGAAAACUAAGGACAUCGCAAAUCGAACACACACAGAGAUGAACGUGAUGCGCAAACUGCGCGGCGCUGCCGGAGCAGGAAGCGUCGGAGGCUCUUCCGCUGCCAACAAUGGUUCUCCCAUUGGAGGUAACAGAUCCGCCACGGAUUCCGGCUCCCCGGCAGCUGCCAAUGGAAGGGCUGGCGCCGGUGAGGAGGCCCUGCUAGAUGCCCGCAUUCAAAUGAGCCUAAGCACCCUCAAAAAGCUAUUCAAUGAAUACACUCAUCCAAAGGAACCGCUGAGCGAACAGGAGCGCGAUGGAAAGCUGUACGAGAUGCUGCCCCUCUUCUGCAAGGUCUUCAGUAGCUGUCCGGCCAACGAUAUGAGCGAAAAGUUCUGGGACGUGGUGGCCUUCUGCCAGCAGGUCUCCCGUCUGAUGGUCAGCGAGAUACGCAAGCGAGCUUCUAACCAGAGUACAGAGGCUGCGUCCAUAGCCAUCGUCAAGUUUCUGGAGGUGGAGACCACGGAGGAAACUAGUAGUGGAUGGAUGCUACUUGCCACGCUUAAUUUGCUGGCUAACGGAGAUGUGUCGUUAAUACAGGUAAUGACUGCAGCCGCAGUUCCCUCGACUCUGGUCAAGUGCCUGUACCUCUUCUUCGAUCUACCCAUUGUCGAGGACGAUGAGCCUGCGGCGGGUGGUGGAACAGUGAGCGAUUUUAAUGCCCAAGAGCGACGCACUCUGCUGCAAAAGGUGUUUGUCCAGCUGCUGGUGAAACUAUGUUCGUAUCCCUAUCCCGCCGAGGAGCUGGCACGUAUGGACGACCUGACGCUGCUCUUUUCGGCAAUAACCUCGCCGUGUCCCAUCCACAACAUUGUGUGGCGAAAAAAUGCAGCCGAAAUUCUGACCACCAUAUCGAGACACGGCUUAACCGAUGCCGUUGUUAGCUAUAUACAUUCCAAGGGCUGUAUGGCUCUCUGCGUGGACAACAUGCAACGUCUGACGUUUGGCAAUCCUUUGGAAAUCGUCGAAAUGUUCGUCACCGUGUUCUGUUUCCUCAAGGACUCUAGUCAGGUAUCCCAGAUACUAAUGGACGACUUUCGAGCAUCCCAAGGCUACGUGUUCCUCAGCGACUUUCUGCUAAAGUUCGACAACAACCGCAGCCAAUCGCUGGAGAUCCAGGCGGCCAUACGCAACCUUGUCCUGAUGAUCUCAUCGCUGUGCAUGUGCGGCUUCUAUGAGCUGCGACCACCAGCGGCCCAGUUUAAUACCGGUUUCAAGAUGCAGAACUUUCAGCUGCCACAGGCCACUUCCCGGGAAACGUGCGUCCGGAAUGUGUACGCCUUCCAGGUGCUACAGAAUGUUUUCCUCAAGUCAACCACGCCGGCUUUGUGCUGCACGAUACUAGAUGCUAUCUCGCGGGUUUACCACUCGGAGAAUGCCAACUACUUUAUCCUGGAGUCAGAACAUACACUCAGCUCCUUUGCGGAACGCAUACACCUGAAGAGCCCGCAGAUCCAGGAGAAGUUUUACGAUUUGCUGGAGUUUAUCGUCUUCCAGCUGAACUUUGUGCCCUGCAAGGAACUGAUCAGCCUGUCGCUGCUGCUCAAGCACAACCAAUCGACGGCCUGCAGUAUUUUGUGUCUGAAGACCUUGCUGAAUAUUCUGCGUCACAAUAGCGUCUUUAAGGAUGUGUACCGGGAGGUGGGCAUCCUGGAGAUCUUUGUGGGCUGCCUGACGCGCUAUGCCAGCCAUGUUCUGGAGAUCACCAAGGGUGAUGAGAACUUGGUGGUGGAACAGGCUACUGAUCAACAGGAAGUGGAUCUGCUGGACACCCUGGGCAAGCUUGUCCUGGAAGCCUUAACAAUGCUGCUGGGCGGCGGGGCCAACAACAAUGCCCAGCUUUUCCGGGAAUACAACGGCGCCAAGUGUGUCCACGAGCUGGUCAAGUUCAAGCACUGCCGCCCGCAGGCUCUGGGUAUUGUAAGAGAGUUAAUACUCUCUGCCGGCGGGGACGAUGAUAUGCUGCACAUACUCUCCCUGAUGCACAGCGUCAGCCCACUCCAAGUGGAGUUCAAGAUACAGAUACUCAACAUGCUGUUAGGCUGCUUGAAGGACUCGCAUCGCACGAGGACCGUGUUCCGCAAGGUUGGCGGCUUUGUUUACCUCACCAGCGUCUUUGUUUCCCUGGACGGGAGCAUGGCCCAGCCUCAGCCCGGGAUUCCCCAGCAGGAUCUCAUUCUCCUGCUGCAGAUUGUCUGCCAGACCCUGGCCACAGCCAUGCGCUUUGAGCCGGCCAAUGCCAAGUUUUUCCACCAGGAAAUAAGCAGCAGCUCGCUUUGCGACACGCUGCGUCUGCUGGGUUGCUUUGGAGGAGCGUCUGCCUUGCAGGAUUUCACAGGAGCCUACGAGCCGCAGCAGUCGCUGCUCAAGUAUUACCACGAGAUCUUCAGCGGGGAUAUACUGAGCGUUAGCUUCUCGGAGAACGUUCCCUAUCCCCUGUCCUAUGUGUGCAUCGUCUUCCGGCUGCUGUACAGCAUUGCUUUGGACAACUUUGAGGCUCCCAAUCUGAGCGGCAUCAUUACCCUGUUCAGCGAGCCGCCGGCACACACGCGUUCUCCAAGCAAGGAACUGGCCACGCCUGCCCAUCCCAGCCAGCUUAAUCUCACACAGCCCACUCCCGAGCCACGCAUAGUCCAUCCCGGUGUGGUGCUGUGCAUGCUCCAGCUUCUGCCCGCCGUGGAACUGGAUGCAGCUCCUCUGCAGGCAGUGCAGCUGCAGGUCUACCUCAGCGAGAUUAUCAAGUCGCUGGUGAGAAGCGAACGCAAUCAGCAGAUUAUGUGCGAUCAUGGACUGGCCGAGAAGCUGCUAAAGCUCACCCGGCGAGCUUUGGCAGAGGAGUCGCAUCCCCUGCAUGUGCCCAUGCAGUAUAUCCUGGAACGUCUGGCCGCCCAGGCUUUGCAGCCCACAGAGCUGCGGCAGUUCCUGCGCCUGGGAGAGCCACUCUCCUGUGCGGAUAUCGAUCUCCAGCAGGCUUACAAGCAAGGAGGACCUGUUCCACUGACACGCAUCAAGACUUUGGUCUCCAUGACCACGCCAAGGGACUUUCGAGCGCAUGGUUCAAGCACUUUGCCCCCUUUCGUGGAGCUGGAUAUGUCCGCCGAGGGUUUCGGUUGCCUCUACCUGCCUUCGCUGGCGCCUCAGGCCACGGCCACAGCUGGAGGAACCAUUGAUGCCAACACCAUAGGCGGCAUAGGAGCCGGUGAUCGUAUAUUUCCGCCACAAACUGGUCUCACUUACUCCACUUGGUUUUGUGUGGAAAAGUUCUCGGAUCCAAAGACAGACCCGCAUUGCGUGAGGCUGCUAACGCUGGUUAGAACCAUUCACAAUCCGCGGGAGGAGAACCUGGCUUGUCUGUCCAUUCUGCUGUCGGCAAGGGACAAGGCUAUAGUGGUGUCCACGCAGGAGACGCUAGUCACGCCCAGAAAAAGCAUAGGUGACUGGGAGCCCGAGGGUUCGGAUGAUGGCAUUGCCCGCAUCUGGUGCCCCGAUUUACUGCACGAGGGCCAGUGGCACAAUCUGGUUGUGGUGCUCAAUCGGGCUGUCCUGAAGAACUCUAGCUUGUCGCUUUACCUAGACGGUGUGCCCAUGCACACCCAAAAGCUGCACUACAUCGCUCAGCAUCCGGGAGCGAGCAGCGCCAACCUUACGUCGGCCACCCAGAUCUUUGGCUACAUUGGCACCCCACCCAUCUGGCGAAGGUACUCCCGCUUGUGCUGGAAGCAGGGCGUGUGCCACCUGCUUGAGGAUGUCUUGGCCCAGCAGACGGUGCAGACAAUCUACCAGUUGGGACCACACUACAUGGGCUCGCUGCAGGCUCCCCAGUUGGGCAAGCAGUCGGAGCCACUGGCUCCUCUAGUGCCCGAGGAUCGCGUCUUGCUGGGUCUCAAUGCCAAGGCGGUGUCCAAGCUCACGCUGGUCAAGAUCAGGAAGGUGUACAGUCGGGCGGACAACAAGAGCAUAGCCAAGCAGCUGAACAUGAAUUCGCACGAGAACGCCACGCCCAUCAAAAUCCUGCACAACUCUGCCGGUCACCUGGCUGGAGCAGGUCGUUCCCUGGGCGGCGUGGUUGUAGGCUACCUGGGCGUCCGUGUCUUCAGCCCCCAUCCCGUCUCCGCCAUGAUUGACACCGUUGGUGGCUGCAAUGUGCUCCUCGGCAUCAUUGCCAUGGCCCAGGAUGUGGAGUCCUUGUACGCCGGCGUGAAGGCUCUAACCUGCGUGGUUCGCAGCAAUCGGGCUGCCCAGGCGGAGAUGGACAGAAAGCGCUGCUACCAGACUUUGGGUAUGUUCUUCAAGAAGAAGAAACACCUGCUCAACUCACACAUCCUGCACCUGACAUUCGGCCUGGUGGGCACUGUGAACAGCCAGGAUAUGUCGGCCAUACCCAAUGUUACGGCAUUCCAGGACCUUUUGUGUGACUUGGAGAUUUGGCAUAAUGCCCCGAAUGGCCUGUUGAGAUCCCUGCUGGAGCACCUGCUGGAGCUGGUGGUGGAGUCCAGCGACAAAAAGCAGAAUAUAAAAAUUAUGCGAGAUUUGCAAUUGCUGGUGAAGCUGCUGCACAUCAUCACACAGAUCCAGGAUCACUCAACGCGCGAGAUACUCUUCAGUUUGCUGGAAACCCUGCUGGGUGGGCAACCCCGACACACGGACUUGCUACUCUUUGGUCAGUAUGUGGCCGCCAAGCUGCCACGCUCGCAGGAUGGUGGACUAGAGGCGGCAGUGCUUCUUCCUAGCAUGAAGAAUCCCAGCGACGACCAGGAUGGUGGCGUUGCCCAGAAUAUAUACCUGCGCAACCGUUGUCUCUCGCUGCUCCACGGCCUGCUCUUUACUCCACGGAAUACAGUGAAUUAUGUCAUCUGCGAUGACAUCUCCAAGACCCUGGGCAUGGACUGGCUGCUGCUCUUUAUGCAGCCACAUGUCCACUUCACCACGGUGAUCAUUGCAGUGCGCGUCCUGGUGGUGGUCUGCGCCAAUGAGAGUUUUCUGGUGAGGUUCCGCGAGGCCAACCACAAUGGAGGCUAUCUAAGGUUUACGGAGAUGGUCUCCCAGCGCAAGAUGGGCCUGGGAGCCCAGCAGCUCAACCAGCGGCCCACCAAUGGCACUGGCACGGUCAUCGUGGCGACGCCCCAAAACACCAUACAGCACCUGCCCACGCAGAUAGCUGGAGAGGUAAGAGCGGCCGCCUUGAAUAUACCUGGUUUCCAGCUUCUCGAAUGGCUGAUGCAGCAUCACCUGGAUGUGCCCGAGUUGUACUUCCUGGUGACCGCCUUGAUUAUGGGUCAACCCGUCAAGGUUCUGGCCACCGAGCACACAAAGUUCGACCUUGACAGGGUGUGGUCUUUCCUCUGGGGAGCCCCCGUCUCAGCCAACACGCAGCUGCCCAAGCUCAAUGUUUGCCCCGAAGGAGUGUGCGUCCUCCUGGCCAUGGUUCGUGGGAUUGUGCAUGGCGGGGAGUGUGCUCCUUGGCUACACAGCCACCCGGAGACCAUCAUCCAGCUGCUGUUCAGCCUCUACCAGAAUCUCAGUGACUUUGCGCCAGUUAUGAUGGCCGGGGAUGUGGUCACCUCAUUGGUGGCAGUGCUCUUUCCUCCCACCUCGCGUUCUUCAGAUUCCGAACCCAACAGCGGAGCCUCUACGCCCACUGAUGGCACUGGCAGCAGCUUCGUCCUGCCUCCACCGGAAACUUUACACGGAGCGCAGCAGCCAAAGCUAACCGCUCAUCCGGUUUGCAAGUGCAUCAUUGACUUCCUCCGCGUCAUAGUGGUGGAUUCUCUUGGCCUCAAUAUGCAAAACAAGGCCACGCCAGUCAUUGAUCUUGUCUUGGAUGCAGCUCCGGACACCGCGGAACUUCCUCUGCAGGUUCAGUACCAAACACAGAUCAUCAUUGCCCUGAUGGAUCACCUUCUCGCGGCGGAUGUGCUGGUGGGUGAGCAGGCUGCCCUGCCGCUGGUGCCGCUCCUGCAAAGCCAAACCCAGCACAUAGCUCCCAAUGUCUUCUACCUGACCGCCCGCAUCGUGGACAAGCUGUGGCAGGGCUGCCUGGCCCGCAAUCCACACGACAUCUUUGACUUUGUCAUCAAGCUAAUUGCCCAGGCCAAGCGCCGCUCCUCGUCGCUCUCGCUGGAGCACCUGCAUCACUCGCUCAACCGCAGCAUCCUUUUCCUGCUCUCCCGACCCACCGAUGACUCGCGGACCGACCAGGUCAGCGUGCUUGAGGCUUUGCACAAGAUCAUCCAGCACCGACUGCUCAUCUUUGGAGCUGGUAACCACGAGCUGGAGUUCAUUGGCUGCCUCACCUACUGCCUGAUGCAGCUGACGGCGGACAUGAAGAUAAUCCUGGAACCGGCCACCAGUAGGAACACCACCUGGCAUGUUAAUCCGCAAACGGAGACGGUGGAGCCCAAGGAUGAGGAUCUCAACCAGCUGCAGGGACGCAACCUGAUUGUGGGAGCCGCCUUCCGCGUCUGGGAGGAGCUGUACGUGUGCAAGAAGCCCGCCAUCGAGGAGGUCUUCAAGGUCUCCCUGACGCCACCGCCGGCCAAUUCCAAGGCGCCCGAUCUGCAGACCACGCGGGAGCAGGUAAUGGAGCUGGCCUCCAAGCUGUGGUUCAACUAUGUUGAGGCUGAACGCAAGGCCUCCUACCGCGCACCCUGGGAGCUGCACACCCAGAUUCAGUCCAAGAUCCAGAAGGUCACCGGUGGCCUCUCCCGCCUGACCAGCCGCACCAAGGCCAAGAAGGAGGAGCUGGUGCGCACCAAGUCCACGAUGAGCCGGGAGGCAGCCUACGAGUCCACUGGCAUCCAUGUGCAGCUUGUGAAGGAUCUUCUUGAACUGCGCACGAAGCAGUACCAGCAAAUGAUGCAGCACACCCAGCGCUAUGUUUACCAGGACUGGGUCCAGUCGGAGACGGAGCUUACCCGCGAGCGGGGUUUGUGGGGUCCCGCCGGCAGCUGCUCGCUGGACAAGUGGAUCCUUGACACCACCGAGGGCCCCCACCGCAUGCGGAAGAAGACGAUGCGCAACGAUGUCUUCUACCUGCACUAUCCCUACCGUCCGGAGCUGGAGCUAGCGGACAAUCGUCAGCUGAAGUACAAGGUGGCCUCUAGUUUGGACAGCAAAACCUACGCACUGCAUGGCCAGCAGCAGCCACGCAUCCUGGCGGAGGCGGGGGCGGAUCAGCAUUCAAUGCACCAGCAAAGCUCCCUGGAGGCAGUGCAUCCUCACCGCUUGGAGGCCAGUAGUAGUACCUCAACCCCUCCGCCUCCCAUCUCUCCCAAACUGGUGGGUCACGGCUCGGCUCCUUAUCCCCAGGAGUCGAUUGAUGGCAAUGCUCCAGAAGAUGACGAAGAGGAGGAGGACACCUCCAUGACCAGCGAUAAUGAGACCUUCCUGCGGCUGCUCGAAGAGCAGGAGAAGAUCAGCUUCAUGUUCCGUUGUGCCAGGGUCCAGGGACUGGACACCUUCGAGGGCCUGCUGCUCUUUGGCAAGGAGCAUUGCUACAUUGUGGAUGGUUUCACGCUGCUGAAGAACCGUGAGAUUCGGGACAUAGACACACUGCCUCCAGGGGCCUACGAGCCCAUUAUACCCAACUCUGGAGGCACCUCCUCCAGCACUUCGCGGGCCGUGAGUCACAAGCUGCGGCAGUGCUCCAAGUUUGCCUACGAGGAGAUCCGGGAGGUGCACAAGCGUCGCUACCUGCUGCAGCCCAUUGCCCUGGAGGUGUUCUCCGAGGAUGGACGCAACUACUUGUUGAGUUUUCCCCGCAAGGUUCGAAACAAGGUUAAUCAGAGAUUCCUGGCGCUGGCCACGGCUUUGAAUGACAAUGCCCAGCAGUCGGUGGCGGGACAGAAGCGCACGGCCAGCGUGGAGCAGACGGCGGGCAUCUUUAGCGGGUUAAUCGGCGAGACUUCGGUGACGCAGCGUUGGGUGCGGGGAGAGAUCUCCAACUUCCAGUACCUCAUGCACCUGAACACCCUGGCCGGGCGCAGCUACAACGACCUGAUGCAGUACCCAGUGUUCCCCUGGAUCCUGGCUGACUACGACUCCGAGGAGCUGGACCUCACCAACCCCAAGACCUUCCGCGACUUUUCGCGACCCAUGGGUGCCCAGGCUGAGGAGAGAUUGGAGCAGUUCCAAAAGCGCUUCAAGGAGUGGGAUGAUCCCCAUGGGGAGACUCCACCCUAUCACUAUGGCACCCACUACAGCUCCGCCAUGAUAGUGUGCUCUUAUCUGGUGCGUCUGGAGCCCUUCUCCCAGCCCUUCCUCAAGCUGCAGGGUGGUCACUUUGACCUCGCGGACCGCAUGUUCCACAGCAUCAAGGAGGCCUGGCUAUCGGCCUCCAAGCUCAACAUGGCUGAUGUCAAGGAGCUCAUCCCGGAGUUCUUCUACCUGCCCGAGUUCCUGAGCAACUUUAACAGCUUUGAUCUGGGCACUAAGCAGAACGGAGAAACCCUUAACCAUGUGAUCCUGCCGCCUUGGGCCAAGCAGGACCCGCGGGAGUUUAUACGCCUGCACAGGAGCGCCCUGGAGUGUGACUACGUCAGUCAGCAUUUGCAUUUGUGGAUCGACUUAAUCUUUGGCUGCAAGCAGCAGGGACCCGCUGCCGUGGACUCGGUCAAUGUGUUUCAUCAUCUCUUCUACGAGGGAAAUGUGGAUAUCUACAACAUUGAUGAUCCCCUCAAGAAGAAUGCCACCAUUGGCUUCAUCAACAACUUUGGCCAGAUUCCCAAACAGCUUUUCAAGAAGGCCCAUCCCGCCAAGAAAAUGGGCAGCUCCCGCCACUCGGCUCUGAUUGAUCCCACAGCUCUGAUCCAAGGCAACAGCACAGUGCUCCAGACCGAUCGCCUGUUCUUCCACAAUCUCGACAAUCUCAAGCCCAGUUUGCAGCCCAUCAAAGAGCUCAAGGGACCCGUUGGGCAGAUACUGCAGCCCGACAAGACCGUGUUUGCCGUGGAGCAGAACAAGGUGAUGAUGCCGCCUUCGUACACCAAGUACAUAGCCUGGGGUUUCGCUGAUCACUCCCUCCGCGUGGGGCUAUACGACACAGAUAGGGCUUCCUUUGUGUCCGAGGCGGCGGCCCAGAACUCUGGGGAGAUCCUGACCUGCGCCUGUCCCAAUGCCAAAAUGAUUGUCACCGCCGGCACCAGUUCGGUGGUGACCAUCUGGAAGUUUGAUGCAAACCGCAAGAGUUUGAGUGUGAAACACUCUUUGCAUGGACACACCGAUGCUGUGACUUGUCUGGCGGCCAGUGCCGCCUACAAUGUCAUUGUCUCUGGUUCAAGGGAUGGCACUGCCAUUGUCUGGGACAUGACUAGGUUUACCUUCGUGCGCCAGUUGCGUGGGCAUGCGGGCGUAGUGGCUGCCGUGGCCAUCAACGAACUCACCGGCGAAAUUGCCACCUGCUCGGCCACUUGGCUGCACGUGUGGUCCAUCAAUGGCGAUGCUUUGGCCAUGGUCAACACCUGCGUGGGCAGUGCAGACCGCAUGCAGCAGAUCCUUUGCGUGGCCUUCUCCCAGAUCCGCGAGUGGGACCAACAGAAUGUGGUCAUAACGGGCUCCACGGAUGGCGUAGUGAGGAUGUGGUCUCUGGAGCACACACAGGUGCCCAUUGAUCGUAAACUGAAGCGAGGGAUUGAGGUCAACUCUCAGGACAAACCCGACUCGGCCUCUUUGGACAGCAAGGACAAUAAGGACGAAAAAAUGAGCCUAUUCAAGCAAAUGAAAAGCCUUUCGCAGCCGGAGGAAGAAGAGCAAGAGAUUGUAAAGUCCGCCUCGGAAAGUAGCAUUUCGGAGGCCUCUCAGCACAGCAAGGAGUCGAGCAAGUCGGCAGAGACUGGUGCCAAGGCAGAGGAGCCGUUGGUUGAACGCAGAAAUAGCUCAAUUUCGGGAGCUAAGUCGCUGCAUGAAAUGAAGUCGGCCACUGUGGAGGCGCCUGGGUGCAGCAGCUCUGAUCCCAAAAGCAAUGAGGAUGAACAUGCCAUCAGGCCUAGCAAAUCGGAUACAAGCCUGACGGAUGGUUUCGUUGUUAUAGACAAUGACAGGCAUCAUCGUGGCGAUCAAGUGCUAAGAAAAGGCUUCCGCUGGCAACGUCAAUUAAUGUUCCGCUCAAAGUUGACAAUGCAUACGGCCUACGAUCGCAAGGAUAAUGCAGAGCCUGCCAGCAUAACAGCGCUCACUGUAUCCAAGGAUCACAAGAUUCUCUAUGUUGGCGAUGCCCGUGGUCGCAUAUUCUCCUGGAGCGUUACGGAACAACCGGGUCGUGGAGUGGCUGAUCAUUGGCUGAAAGACGAGGGAGCUGAUCAGUGUGUCAAGUGUCAUGUCAAAUUCACCCUCUAUGAGAGGAAGCAUCAUUGCCGAAACUGUGGGCAAGUCUUUUGCAACAAGUGCAGCCGUUUCGAGUCGGAGAUCUCUCGCCUUCGCAUCCUGAAGCCAGUUAGGGUGUGCCAGGCCUGCUACAGCCAGCUGCGAACGAGCUCCUUUGACAAUUAGGGGAAGAGCAGGUCGGAGAUGCGUUUAUGUGUAACCGAAAAAAGACGUUAGGGGACUUUUAAUUAACUUAUUUAAUGCAAUUGUAUUUCAAUUUCUCUGUUUUAUAUUUUUAACCAAAUCAAGUUGAGCUAAUUUCAACCAAAGGCUGUUAUAUGAUUUUAUAUUUUAUUUAACAUUAGUUAAACGAAUUUUUUACACACAACCAAGUUGCAAUAUAAUUUUAUGCUUAUUUAUACUAUUUAUAUUUUAUACACCGAAUAAAACCAAUUAAUGUUGCUUAUUCACCCGCAAGCAUUGACAAUUUCUAGUUGUGUAAAUCACUAUAAAUAUUGUGUAAUUAAUGGUAGACCUCCGCUGCUUACCCAUAUGGCCAGCGCACAAAACUAACUAAUAUCGUAAUCGAAGCUUAAUGUUUCCCCCCAGCGAAACCAUCCGCUGAAUGAAAGAACACACCAACAAGCACCGCCAGUUAUAUCAAUUACGAAAUGAACUCAAAACACUUUGAUAGCAAAUAAAGACAGCAGUUUACAAAGGAGAAGAGCCCGCAACUUUUGCAGGAUCUCGAAUACGAACACGUUUUAGCACACAACACAGAAACCUCACACUGAACUCUACAAAAUAAAUACUUCUAACGGCAUGUAGAUUAUCUCAGCAUUACUUUCAAACGCAAGGUAAUAAAAGCAAUUACAAAAUAUAUUAUAAAUGAGUCCCCAAAUGUAUAAGCAAUCCUUUAAAUUGCUGAUUAAAUAAACUAAAGUAUAGCCAUUCUGUCGAUGAAGUUCUAUGAUUCCGAAAUAGCAUUCAAAACACUUCAGCUUUAAUUCAAAACAUUCACUUCCAUCGACUUUUCAAAUACUGUAAAUAUAAAAGACAAAUAAAUAAUAAUAAAAAUGCAUAACAAUUAGACAAUGAAUUUAGAUAAAUAAAUAUGUAGAGAUUGUAGAGAAAGCAUUAACAAAAAUUCGGUAUUUUGUAGAGAAUCUACAUGUUGCAUUGAUAAUAAUUUACAAAUAUUAUGUACUUGUGGCAGUUAAUAUACAUAUAUACGUAUAUAUAUAUAUAGUGUCCCUUCAACUCUGUCGAAUCCCGAACUCUAUCUAAAGACUUGAGCAUCACCGAAGCCCCAAGACCCUCUCUACGAACAUUUCAAUGAACUAUACCCAUGCAGCUAAAAGACUUCAAAUGUUACAUUUCAAAUAAAGAGGAAGGAAAGAGGAAUCCUAGCCACUUAAGUCCAAUACGAAAGGAUCACCACACACCAAAACAUAGAGCAACAACCUAUACUUACUACAUAACCCAUAUAUAUUACCAAAAAGAAUUAUAUGAAUACAAAUAUAAAUAUAUAUUUACUGUUAGUUUGUGAGAUACAAAACAUAAAUAUGGCGACAAGCCAAAUGGGCUAAAUACAAUUUAAUAAAAUGAA